AUGCAACAACGAAAUACGGGUCGAUUUGGUGUCAAGACUUCUCAAACUUUGAAAUACAAUUCCAAUCUCGGAGAUGCCAAAAGUGUGACUCCAGUGUAUUUCCGAUGGGUCGAUGUUAAUAAUGAUGAUGAUCACAAGGAUGAUGCAGUGUCCUCUAGAACGACCCGAAAGUAUGAACAUGCAGUUCCGCAGUCGAUCAAUAAGCAGCGACGAUGGGAACUAUUUGAUGAAGAAAUUAAAAAUUCAGAAAAACAAGAAGAACAUCGAGUGUCUCAUACCAAAGAAAAGGAAGAACGCACCGAGAAGAAUCAAGAAUUGAAAAGGCAGGAAAAUAAAAAGAAACAUCAAAAGAGUAAACAUGUGAAACGAUUGGAACAGAAGGAAAUGGCAAAAUUGAAAAAGAGACUUGGAAUUGAUGAUGAAAUGGAAGAAGAGAAGGCUCAAGCUAUGAUUAAAGAGGCUCUUGAAAAACAAGCUGCCUCUCAAAAGGAUCAGAAUGAACACGAAGAAGAAAAAGAGAAGAAGGAAAAGAUUGUUAUCAAGCGAGAAACUCCUCCUCAUUAUGGGUUUUCGUCAUCCAAAUCGAGUCAUGAAAAGAAUGUGGUAGAAGCUUUUAUUCCAAAGGACCGUGAUCAGCUCUAUAAAGUCAAUCAAUUGAGAGGUAGAAAUAGAGACUACGAUCAUGAUGUCACAUCAAGAACUGAGAAAAAAUCUGACUUCCAGAAGAGUAUAUUUUUGUAA